AUAUGGCCUCUCUAACUAAACACAUUUGCAGAUGAUUCCCAAACUGCAUAUCGUCAACAAUAAUACAAAACAAAAAUGGAAAAAUCUAAGAAAUCAAAGACGGUAAAGAAAACAAAAGACAGUUCGCUAACAGUGAAGCUAACUAAAACAAAACAAAAGCAAAAAGAAGUCAACCGCGUGCUGAAACUUAAGCACGAAAUAUUGCUCAAAUCGGAGGUUUCCUAUUUAGAAUAUAUAGAGAUGCGCUCAGAACUGGAAAGACUGAAUGCAUUAAAGGAGACGUUUACACGCCGGCUAGAAAAAUUAAAACAACAGGCCAAGUAGUUAAAAAAUAUUUAUAACUGUGGUCUUGACUCUCAGAAUAAUUAGCUAGAUUAAGUCAAUAAACUAUGUACAUUGAUUACUAAA